UGCCGGAAAUGGAGCAAGAGUUUGACACUUCCUUGUUUUUGGAUCAACAAUUACAAUAACAAUUGAGAAGAAAAAUGGCUCUGUCAGCUCGCAGCAACUUGUCUGUUCAGCUAAUAUCCAUCAUGAAAGAUGUAACAGCUGCUUUGGACUAUGACAGCAAGGAUAGAAAUGAGGAUGCCUACAGGAAGUAUAUGGAGUGUGUGCUUAAAGUGACGACCAGCCUGUUGAAGACUCUACAUGCAGAUGAGGGUCAUCUGAAGGUGAACCAGGAUGUCCAGAAAAUGAUUCGUCUGGGACAGCAGUGUAUGGACCGGGCAGCAAACAUCAUCGGUGCUAAAAUGGAUAAAACACCAACUAAAGGAAUGAAUCUACCUCUUAGUACCUACCCUGUUUCUACACCAUCAGGAACAGUAACUCCUGCUACUCCUGGCCAAAGGGGGAUAACUACAUCAAGGGGAACAACUCCUACAGCACAAGUUACCUCCCCUGCCCAGUCCUUUGGUUCUGAGCAUUUAGCAAGACUUGGGAAGGAUAAAUCUGAUGGAAGUGUAUCUCUGAGAAUAUCUUAUGGUGGAAGCAGGAAGCUAUCACCUAUGGAGAUUGCUAGUCUACAGAACCAGCAACUUUUGGCGGCAUUCCGACGGCGACAGACGCAAACAACUACUAAAUCAGCCUCUGCCACUCUGAGCUUGACCAUACAAAGAAAGAUGGCUGAAAAUCUUGCCAUUGGUCGAGCACAGGAGGUGGCUCUCGCCAAGAAGAUGGCUGAACGACAGGCAAGACUUGAAGAACAGGCAACAAGACGUUUUCACGCUCCAAUGGGAUUAUCAAAAGAGGAACAGCAUCAACGACAAGUGUACAAGAAAGUCCUGGAGUUUGAACAAGAUCAGACUUGGUUUGUUGGCCUAAGGAUGGAACUAGAUGAAAGCCCAACAGACAUUACAGUCAUAAGUAGACUAGUUGCUGCUGUUAUAGGAUGUGCAAGCCAUCCUGUCACAGAAGAGCUUUCUAAAUAUCAAAACAAAAUCCUAGAUAAGUUGACAGCCAUAGUGGAAGGCAAAUCAUCACAAGUUAAAGAAAUAUCAGUUCCACUACCUAAAAAACUGUAUGCAACUAUUAGAACUUUUAAGCUAGAUAUAGAACGAUCCAAACAAUCUAAAAAGUUGGAUAUUGAAGAGCUUAAUGAGACAAAAAUGGAGAGUGAGAUUGAUUCUCAAGAAGAAUCAGAUGGAGAAACUGCAAUUGUUGAUGAUAUGUUAAAAGAUCUAAAUCUUUCUGAAAAUGAUAUUGAUAAGCAGCACCUUAACACUGGUAUUGAUAGUGUAACAGAAAUUAUUAAGGGUGAUAUUGAUAAAGCCUUGGAAAAAGGGAAAGAUGUUGAGAGAAAGCUGGAAAAGCAAAACAAAUUUGCCAAGUCUUUGACAAUACAAUCGGCUGAAGAAUAUGAAAAGUACAAUCAAGAGAAUAUGGAUGAUUUGUUUGAUAGUGAUAAUGAUAUGGAUGAUAGUGAAGCUGAACAGGAAAUGAACAAAUUAGAUCAAGAUAAAGAAAAAGGAAAUAAUGUUGAAAUUGAGGUUAAAGACAAGUUGGAAUCAAGUAUAGGACUGUCUAGUACAAAUGAUAAUAAUGAUAAAGAAGAAGAAGAAAAAGAAGCUAAUGACUUUGUUGAGAAAAAGAACAGAACUGAUCAGUCAAAUGAUAAAAAUAACAAAAGUAAACCAAAACUGCGUAAAAACUCUAGUGCUUACGAUUUAGAACAGAUGAUAUCAUCCCUUAAAGAUGAGGCACUCACAAGACACUUGGAUGGAAUAACUGAAGAAAUUAUAUCCAGUUUAGAAAGGAUUCAGGUAUUGUUCAUGAUUGUGUACGAGGGUUUAAACAGUGGUGAGGGGCGGGACCAAUGUAAUGCACACAUCGAGGACGCUUUCUUCCCGCAAAUCUGGCCACACCUUUUCCUUCUCUUCAGACUGGCUAACAAGCACAAAGAAGUGUGUUUGGCAUCUGUUAUGACGGAGAACAUGUCCAGUUCCCCAAGAGACUUUGACAUUAGGACAGAACUCUGUCUGGUUGCUAUGGAAACAGAGAGUGAUGAUGUUACCAUUGAAAUAAAACACAGAGAAGAAACGUUAGCAACAGGGGAUUUAUCUGGUACCACUACAACUGAGAAAGAGGUUAAAGGUUUAGCAGUAAUGGAGUUGGACAAAAAAGAGGAAAUUCCAUACCAGUCUGCGGUAAAAGAGCUGGCUAGUAUUUCAAAUUUAUCCACCAUGAUGGCAAAAUUGGAGGUUUUAGUGCGGACAUCUAAGGAGAUUGUAAACUGUGUGGAAGAAUAUCAUACCAAACUCGGCAACUCUGUACCAGGAAUUGGAGCUGAUGACUUGUUGCCAAUUUUGUGCUACGUAGUUACCCGCAGUCAGCAACCACAGCUUCUGUCAGAAUGCAUAGCUGUUGAACGAUUCAUUCACGAAGGGUACAUGUUUGGUGAAGAGGGUUAUUGCUUGACAUCAUUCCAGACUGCCAUCAACUACCUGGUUGCUAGGGGCCUACAUCGUAGCAACCAAUCCUGACCUUGACAUCAAGUGGAACAUUUUAACCUUUACAUUUUGAAAAAGAACUAUAAAACCAAAAACAAAGUCUUGAAACCGAUAAUGAAUGAUACCUAAAAAAAACGAAAAAAGGAGGAUAAUUGUUUGCUUUAGUGCAAGAUCCUAUUAUUCUCACCGAGUGACCACUAAAAGUUGUAUUUCAUAAGUAGGGUAGCCAUAUAUGUAUUCACUUUUGGUGUUCACAAGGUAAAAUAUACAUUGAUAUUCACCAGAAGGGAAAACUUUACACAUAAAUUUUGACACUGCCAUUACAGCUUUAAUCCUCAUACAUUCAAACAAGCUUAUGUUUUUUUGGACUGCUGUUGUCGUCCCUGGAGUUAACAUGUACCUUAAUUUUCCAUAGAAUACUAGUAGUUGAUAUUGACACUUUGCGGUUAAUACACACAAUAUAUUGGCAUGUACAUUUUAAGUGGAAACUUGAUGGAGCAUUCAUAUCUGAGAAAUGGUAAUUCAUCAUUUGAUUGUGAUCUAAUAAGUACAGCACUCAAAACCAGAGUUAUUGACAUUUAAGAAUGUUUACUAUUACUCACGAGGUUGCGGUUUCGUAAUGUUUUGUACCAUGUUGUCAAGGACAACGUUCAAUAAAUAGCAUGGGGUAUAAGUGAUAUAAGUGAUUAUACUCACGGUAGUUAUAGAACGGUAACGCCAAUUCUUGUUAUCUCUCCAAUAUAGGAAUUAAUGCGUCUACAGCAAAAAGAAACCCUCUCAAUCAUGGUACAAGGCUUUAUUAUGUGCCAUAAAAAAGUAAUGACUCGUCUUUCAUAAUUUUGUUGCAGUUUUAUGCAAUAAGCAGAAAUGCUAUUAUCUAGUAUUGUUUUCUUUUGUUACUUGGUUAAAUGUUCAUGUAUUCAAAUAUUUAUCUGAUAAUAAAUUUUAAAA